AUGAAACUUUUUACAAUUUUAAUUUUUGGCCUUGUUUUGGCUUUGGCUUUAGCCGAGGAGCCUGUAGAAGAUGAGGGAAAGGGUGAUGCAGAAGCUGAGGAAGAAAAAAAAGACGAAGAUGCCGAUAACAAGGGUGAAGGGGAAGGCGAAGAGGAAGAAAAUAAAGAAGAUGAUAAAGAUGAUGGCAAGGGUGAUGAUGGUAAAGGCGAUGACAAGGAAGAUGGAGAACCAGCUGGUGAUGGAUCACCUGCUCCAGGUAAAAACCCACCUGGUGGCGGCUCCUCAAACAAACCUCCUGCAGGCGGAAAUAAGCCGGCUGGAUCUAAGAAACCAGCUAAUAAUAAGCAAAACCUAGUUCAAAAAAGAAAACAAAUUAGGAAAAAACAACAGGCUCUUUUGAAAAGACAACAAGCGAUCAUGAAAAAACAACAAGCCAAGAGGAAGAGAAUGCAAGCUAUUAGAAAAAGACAACAGGCCAUGAUGAAGAGACAACAGGUUAUGAUUAACCAACAAUUAAAUCAUCUGAAAAAGCAACAGGCAAACUUUAAGAUUCAACAGUUUAACAUGAAGAGAUUGCAAGCUCAAAGGCAAAAGGCCGCUGCUAAUAAGAAGAAAACUGCUGCUAAUAAAAACAAAAACAAACAAAAUCAAAAAGUUGGAGCAAACAGACCAAAGGUUCCAAAUAGACAAGUAUUGGCAUUGGCGCUAGCCGAAGAUGACCCAACAGCUGCUGAGGAAACAAAUAAAGAAGAUGAAAAGGAGGAAGAACCUAAAGCAGACGGUGACGGUGAAAAAGAAGGAGAAGGAGAAGAAAACAAAGGCGAUGAAGACGAACAAAAAGGUGAGAAUGAGGACGAUUCUCCACCUGCUGAAGAUGAUAAACCAGACGAUGGUAAUAAACCCGCUGGUGGAAAUAACCCCGCCACUGGAGGUAAUAAGCCCAACACUGGUGGAAAUAAGCCAGCUGCCGGUGGUAAUAAACCUACUGGAGGUAAGAAACCUGCUGCUAAUAAAAACCCCUUAAAAAAGGCCAACCAAAAAAGACGCCAACAAAUUAAGAAAAAUGCCCAGAAAAUUAAAAAAAUGAAACAACAGCUUAAAAGAGAACAAGAGGCCAAUAAGAAGAGACGUCAACAACUCAGAAAGAGACAUCAAAUGAUUAAGGAGAGGCAACAGUUUAUUUUAAAAAGGAAACAAAAUAUGAUGAAAAGAAGACAGCUUAUUAUGAAGCAACAGCAAGCGCUCAAGAUGCAAAAUAAGCGUAAUGGAGCUAAUAAACCAAGACCUGGAGCCAAUCAACAAAAAGUUGGUGGCAAUAAACAAAGUCCUGGUGCUAACAAACAAAAGGUACCAAAUAGACAAGGUUAA